GGGGGGCGUGCCCGGAAGCAUCGCUCAGUGCCGGGGCCGUUCGCCGCCUCCUCCUCCCGUCCCUCCCGCUCCCACCGCCAUGGCUUCGGUCACCGAGUGCCUGCGGGAGUGGGAGGAGCUGCAGGACGGCUUCCAGCGCAUCCAGGACAACCACAGGCUGUACAAGCAGAAGCUGGAGGAGCUGACCAAGCUGCAGGACGGGAUCUCCAGCUGCAUCACGCGGCAGAAGAAGCAGCUGAAGGAGCUUUCCUUGUCCCUUAAGAAAUGCAAAACCCACGUGAGUCCCGACCAGCGAGAGUCCAUCCAGGAGAUCCAGAGCCUGAUCAAAGAGAGACAGAAUGUUUUCUUCGAGAUGGAGGCCUACCUGCCAAAGAAGAACGGGUUGUACCUGAGUCUGGUGCUUGGGAAUGUGAACGUCACGCUGCUCAGCAAGCAGGCUAAGUUUGCUUAUAAAGAUGAAUAUGAGAAGUUCAAGCUUUACCUCACCAUCAUCUUGCUCAUCGUGUCCUUCUCCUGUCGGUUCCUUCUAAACUCCAGGGUGACAGAUUCUGCCUUUAACUUCCUCCUGGUGUGGUACUACUGCACACUGACCAUCCGGGAGAGCAUCCUGAUCAACAACGGAUCCAAAAUCAAGGGCUGGUGGGUUUUCCAUCACUACAUCUCCACGUUCCUCUCAGGUGUUAUGCUGACUUGGCCGGAUGGGCUCAUGUACCAGAUGUUCAGGAACCAGUUCCUCUCCUUCUCCAUGUACCAAAGCUUCGUGCAGUUCCUGCAGUACUACUACCAGAGCGGGUGCUUGUACCGGCUCCGAGCGCUGGGCGAGAGGCACAACAUGGACCUCACUGUGGAGGGCUUCCAGUCCUGGAUGUGGAGAGGCCUCACCUUCCUGCUUCCCUUCCUCUUCUUUGGGCAGUUCUGGCAGCUCUAUAACGCCGUCACCCUGUUCCGGAUGCUGCAGCACCCAGAGUGCAAGGAAUGGCAGGUCCUCAUGUGCGGCCUCCCCUUCUUCGUCCUCUUCCUGGGGAACUUCUUCACCACCCUUCGUGUUGUGCACCAGAAGUUUCAGAACCAGAGUAAAGACACAAAGCGGAACUGAAGAGGAGCAGCACGAGGGCCUGGACUGUUUCUCCUUGCUGGCUCCGUCCCGUUCCCAUCUCCUUGCCUUGAUGCCGUCCGGACUCUGGUGUCUCACCCUGCUCUGUGCAAGCCUGGAUGCGGGACAGAGCUGGGGGCUUGUGAAUAGACAAUGUGUUCUCUGCGGUGCUGAAUCUGUGCCUGUGUCACUCAGCAGGAGCACCCGGGGAGGAGCUGAAGCCACAUACAGGACAGGAACGCUGCCCCUGCAGCCCCCGCUAUGGCAGGGAGGCUGAAGGCUGCACAAAUGUGCUGCUCUCUGGGAUGGGGCACCGUGUUCCUCCUCACCCUCCAACCCACAGAGGAGUUGGGAGCACCAACAAGCCUGAAAACCAGUUGAAAACCAGGCUUUGUAGCUCCAUGGCCCUGCAUCUUUGGAGGAUGCAUAUGCAAAAAUAAUAAAGGGAAGGUACUUCCUUGUUCUCUGGGGUCCUGGAACAGAA